UUGCCUUGUGUACAUCACCAUGGCAACAAGGGACAAUCUAAGUUUACUUCGGCGUUGCUCCUUUUUGCACCGACGAUUCAUCUAAAACAAAUAGAUACUUGUCACUUAAUUCAUUUUGAAGUGAGAUUUAUUCGUUAAAGACCAUGUCGGCUAUUUUGUGCAGGUGGCUGAACCACAAACUCAGACUCUCUGAAACUGUAGACCCCAGGAACUUUGCCAGGGAUUUUUCUAAUGGCUACCUAUUUGGAGAGAUUCUUCAUAAAUAUCAGAUGCAGGAGGAUUUUAAUAUGUUUUUGAAAAACGAUUCGUCCAUCGCCAAAGAGAACAACCUUUCACGGCUUGAGCCGAGUCUUAAUCUACUAGGAAUCUUCUUCGAUAAGAAGACAGCUGGAGACCUGAUGCGGGAGGUGCAUGGUGUUGCCACAAGCCUUCUUCACCAGCUCUAUGUUGCACUUGAAGAGAAGAACAAUACAGGAACCAGUCGCACAGCGAUGCAGCCCACAGUGAAGGCUAAGCUGCACAAAAAGGAGCAUGAAAUCUACUCCUAUCACCUUCCUCAGUUGGUAAAACCCAAUGCAAACCAGAACUUUCGGAAAAUGACUCAGCACUAUGCAGAUAAAGGCCACCAACUAAAGGAUUUGUCUGAGGUGGCCCAACCCAUGCAGCAAAAGAAGACACUUAAAGUCCGAGAUGAGAAAAGAAUGCAGAAGUGUGAGGAGGUCUGUCGUCAGAAGCACGAUGACUCAACUGGUAACCAUACGGAGCUGCUGAAGCAACCUCCCUGCAGUUUAAAUCUCAGGAGAAAGAAGAGGCAGGAAGAACUGAAAGAAAAACAACUGCAGACUGAAAUAGCUAAAUUUGAGGAGAAAGAGCAUAAACUUGCUUCUUCUUGUUUGGUUUCCUUGUCAAGCUCCAGGGAUCAACCCGUCCCUGCAGAUUCUUCUCUUGGUGGCAUCAAAAAAGGUAGUGGAGUCCCUGGAAGUCAAAACAAGCUGAUAUUACAGUCCAAUAGUAAGUAUAUACAGGGCAUCCGACAGCGACUGAAGGAGAACGCUGUGGCACAGGAGGAGAGACAAAGAAGAGUAGACAGAUUUCUGAUGGAGCAGGUCAAAGCUCUUGAAGCUCAGCAGGAGGCGCAGCUCGAGGACCAAAUGGUCCGUCGUCUGAUGCGUCAGACACAGCAAGAGCAGCGUUUGGCUGAACAGCUGAUGCAGAUAAGUCGGCAGAAAGAGGUGAUUCUGGAGAACCGCCUGUUCAGAGAGCAGCAGUACCAGGAGCAGACAGAAAGGGACUUUCAGCAAGCCCUGGACAGGGAGGCGGUUCUGGCUCAGCGUGCUAAAUUGGCCCGAGAUGAAGAGAUGAAAAAGGAGCUUGAAUUAUGCAACAGGAUAGCUGCAGAGCAUGCUCAGAGCAGACACAGAGAGCACUUUGACAACUGGUUGGAUGUUUUGGGACAGAUAGUGGACUUGGCAACCAAAGUCGGAGAAUAUCGCCUGCUCACAGGGAAUCUCGCUCCAGAGAAGAAGAAUAAAGAAUGGAAGGAAUUGUUCCUGAAAGGUGUUCCCCUUUAUGAGCCAAUAAGAAACUUUCAGCCAGAGCCUGCAUUCUUCACUCCAUUAACCCCCUCAGAGUUUCAGAAACAGGAGAUACUCAACAACCUGGACUAUGAUGAAUACACUAAUAUGGUUGGUGAGUGGGCGUGGCCAGAGGAUGCAGAGGACACAAAAUUACCACCGAGCACCAAUGACAUUCUUGCAUAUGUUGUCCAACGCCUUAGAAAAAUGGCUCAUCCAUCCAUUGUGGAAUCGUCUGCACCUUCAGUUCCUCGAUUUCGUAUCAAGGCCUGCGUCCUGGGUAUGUUUGGCUCAGGCAAGACCAGCUGCCUGUCCAAGAUUGGUGAAGCACUCGGCGUCUGUGUGUUAUUGACUGACACACUGGUUGGCGAGGCCCUGAGGGCUUUUAAAGAUGCAGAGCAGGUUAUAGAUCAGCAGGAGGAGGACAAUGUACAGCUGCAUGCAUCCUCCACAUCUGUGCAGUCAGAUCUUAACAAGCAAGAAGAAAAAAGCAAAUGUGUUAUCAAGCGGCUGUCCACACGGGCAAUGCUAGGAGCAGCAGCAGAAAAAGAGUUGAGGAAAGGAAAUGUCGUUCCAAAUGAGAUGAUAGUGGACAUUUUAGUAGAAGCAAUCAGUCAUGUUCCAGCUCAGGCAGGUUGGAUCCUGGAUGGCUUUCCAUAUAACAUCACUCAGGCCCAUAUGCUGGAGAAAGCUUUGGGUGGGUCUGUGGAUGAAGGAAAUGACUUUGUAAGCAACACGUUAGAACAUGCUGCUGAUCCAGAUCUUCCCAUUCGUCCACUACCUCCUCCACCUGUGCUGGACUUGGCUCUCCUGCUGGAUAUACCCGAUGAGUGCGUGGUUAGACGGGCAUACAGCCAUGGGGAUACUGCUGCUGCUGCUGCUACAGCCUCUCAACAUGCAGACAACACCAUGUAUUCUGGACAGAUUACACCCAGGAUUGCAGCUUUUCACGAUUCUUGGCCAGAGCUAGAAACGUGGUUUGGUGAAAAGCAAAACAUUUUGGUUCGUCUCAACGCUGAUAUGGAAGAGGAGAGGCUUUAUAACGCAGUGGAGUCUGUCCUGCAGCAAGUUAUUCAACAAAAGCAUGAAGCUCCUGCCAAUCCUCUUGUUGAAGAUGUGUCGUUAGACAGCUCAAAUGCUCAGGACAUGAGUUCUGUAGAAUCCUGCAACAGCGAUGAGAAGGGGAAAGACCUAAGACAUUCUGCAAAUGUGUCACCUUCCUCUAUAUCUGUUGAGGGGUCCAAUGGAGGCAACAUGGUCCUACCUGAGUCUGCUUUCUCAAGCUCAAGCUCAGUCAGUCAGCUCUACGUAAAUAAACCCCUGCCUCAACAGGUACCAGAGUACCUGUGUUCACACUGGGACAAUAUCUGUCAGUCUUACGUAAACAACAUAAAGCAAGUAAUGCAACAGAUGCGUUUUCAGCGCACUCUUGUUGAUCGCCACCUUUUCAACAUCAGGGAAAGAUUCGGCCAUUAUCUGGGUCGCCCUGACUUGAAGCAGGAGUUAGUUUCUCAGUGGCAGAAGACCUUCAACAGCAUACCAGACGAUAUGAGAGAAGAUGAGGAGACCAAAGCAGAGCUUCAUCUGAGGCUGGAUGAAUUGCAGGAACGCCUGUGGGGCAUUACCGACAAGCGUAGAGAGGAAGAUGAGCAAGAGAGGACAGCUCUCAUGUGUGAUGGAUGGCUGGAGGAGCAGGCAGCUAUGCUCAUCAACCACCACUCUAUGAUAAUACAGGUAGAGCUGAGCCGUUUCCGUGAAACACUCAGUACCCUGAGGGUCUACUACUGGAGCAUGCACAGACAAGGACCGCUUGAGUCAGUCUCCAAAACUUUUAAAAUCUCUCUGCAGAAAACAACUGGAGCUGAAGAUCAGGAAGACGCUAAGGAUCCAUUGAGCAGAGGGUUGCAGGACCAGAUGAGUGAUAGAAAGGACAAAGAACGAAAACAGCAUCCCGACUCAACAAAGUCAACCUCUAAGACGGUGGACCAGUCUCCGUCAGAACCUACCAAGUCAUCGCAGGAUAAACUUCUAGCUGACUAUGAACAGGCUUUUCAAGCCAUCAGAGACAUGAUGUCAGCAGAGGUCCAGCAGAUGGAGACAAAGCAGCAGAAUGAGAGUUUACAAGAAAAACAGAAAGCAACAGAGAAGGUCUCAGAAAGUGCAAAAAAGGCUAUGAAGGAAAAUCAACCACCCACAAAGCAUGCAGAUAACGCCUCAGAGAAGACUCAGAAACCUACAGAGAACACUCAUGAUCAGAAAAUUAAACCGAAAAUACAUGUAGAAUAUACAGCUGCUCUGACUCAUGAGGAAAAUUCAGCAAAGGUUCGCCUUGAGCUCGUGAAAGGUCACGGUUUGAUGAUGGUCAACUCCCUGCAAAGCAGAGCGCAAGAGACCUUUACCAACAUGGGGAAGGAGUUUCAAGCAUGUUAUCUAUCAAAAAUGAAGUGUAUUGAUCAGCUAUCAGAAGUGGCUCACCACCACAUAGAGGCUGGCGCUAAGCUGCAGUACGAGCUGGUGUUGGAUAACUGUGACUUCUAUUUGAAUGGAGACUGUCAACUGGUUCCGGAUGCUUCUCCUGCCCCCCGUCCCCCUCCUGUGGAGAUACCAAAUCGGUCCAUACUGACAGUCACUCAGUUGGAAUCACUCCAGUGUCAGCUGUCUAACAUUGCUCCAUCAGGCCUCAUGUCCAGUACUGGUUUCUUUGUUUUUCUCGAACAUAUGGUUUCUAACAGCCUGGGCAGAAACAUUGGGCCUGAGGUCUGGAUGGAUCUGAAUGAAACGCGGCUGUUAGAGGUGGUGUCUUUGCUAACUGAUGAAUUUGAGCUGGUAGACUGGCGCCGCUUUCUGCUCAGUGCUGCGCUCCCGUGGCCACUUCCCUCUCUAACACAGCUUUUGGAUUUGUUGCAACAGUUUAAGGAGGCAGAUGCUGAUGACACAGGAUAUAUAAACGCAGGACAGUAUCUACAGAUAGAGUUGUGGUUUUCUAGUGAAAGUGUCCAGAAUGUUCCUGAGGACCCCUCAGAGCCUCUGCCCUACAACCGUCUAGCCAACCUGCGGAAGUUCUUCUUCCAGCUGUUUGCAGACCCUUCCUCCUCUCCUCCUCAGCUGGAUUAUGUGUCCAUGCUCCAGUACUUUGCAGCCGAUCCUGACCCCAGACAGGGUUUUAUCAGAGCACUUAGUGUGGAGUUGGGACAACAUCUCCAGGAGUCUUCACAGAGCCUCCUCGUAAAGUCUCUGCCUAGCAUAGAAGAAGCCACAGAGCUCACAUCCUUCAGGUUUCCUGAAGACUACACAGAAGAGGAAGCCCCGUUUUCAUCUAGCGAUGUUUUUAAGGAUCAGGAAGUUUCGAUUUCUGCUCUCCUUAAUGUUGUCUGCCACAAAGUCAGCAAGAUGGAAGGCAGCACCCCCCUUCCUCCAGGCUGCUUGAGUCAGGAAGAACACAAACAGAAUCUUGAGAACGUGUACAGUGAGCUGGGAUAUAAGUCGGAUGAAUCAGUCCCGUUCUCUGUUCUUUCCAAGCAUCCUUACACCCAAAUGCUGAUGGAGACUUCAACACACUUCCAGCUUGUUAACAUCCUGAAUGCUACUGGUCCAUCAGGGUGAAAAGGAAGCUUAACAGUUUUUGUUUAGUCUUUACAUUGUUAUUAAAUAAACAGAAAUUGCAAACAUA